GACGUAAGCAGAGCGACACGUGGAGCGCUGUUAGUAGCUAGCAAAGCGGUUACCCCCCUUUUGCGGAGACUACCGAUUCGUUUUGAAGACAGACACGACCGUCAUGGCCGCUGCUGGGACACCGGGCAGGAGAAGACUCCUGAAGGAGGAGGACAUGACCAAGGUGGAGUUUGAAACCAGUGAAGAGGUGGAUGUCACCCCUACCUUCGACACCAUGGGGCUCCGUGAGGACCUGCUCCGGGGAAUCUACGCCUACGGUUUCGAGAAGCCUUCAGCCAUUCAGCAGAGAGCCAUCAAGCAGAUCAUCAAAGGCAGAGAUGUCAUCGCUCAGUCCCAGUCUGGAACAGGAAAGACGGCCACUUUCUGUAUUUCCGUCCUGCAGUGUCUGGACAUCCAGGUCAGGGAGACCCAGGCUCUAAUUCUUGCUCCAACCAGAGAGCUGGCCGGACAGAUUCAGAAGGUGCUGCUGGCUCUGGGAGACUACAUGAACGUUCAGUGUCACGCCUGCAUCGGAGGAACCAACGUGGGCGAGGACAUUCGCAAGCUGGACUACGGCCAGCACGUGGUAGCUGGCACCCCUGGACGGGUUUUUGACAUGAUUCGGCGCCGCAGUCUCAGGACCAGAGCUAUCAAGAUGCUGGUGUUGGAUGAAGCUGAUGAGAUGCUGAACAAAGGAUUUAAGGAGCAGAUCUAUGAUGUGUACCGCUACCUGCCUCCAGCCACGCAAGUGGUCCUGAUCAGCGCCACGCUGCCACACGAGAUCCUGGAGAUGACCAACAAGUUCAUGACCGACCCCAUCCGCAUUCUGGUCAAACGUGAUGAGCUGACCUUGGAGGGCAUCAAGCAGUUCUUUGUAGCCGUGGAGAGGGAGGAGUGGAAGUUCGACACUCUGUGUGACCUGUACGACACUCUGACCAUCACACAGGCGGUCAUCUUCUGCAACACCAAGAGAAAGGUGGACUGGCUGACAGAGAAGAUGAGAGAGGCCAACUUCACGGUGUCGUCGAUGCACGGAGACAUGCCGCAGAAGGAACGAGAGUCCAUCAUGAAGGAGUUCCGAUCUGGAGCCAGUCGCGUCCUGAUCUCCACCGAUGUCUGGGCUCGAGGUUUGGACGUCCCACAGGUGUCGCUGAUCAUCAACUACGACCUGCCCAACAACAGAGAGCUCUACAUCCACAGGAUUGGUCGCUCUGGCCGGUAUGGCAGAAAAGGUGUGGCCAUCAACUUUGUGAAGAACGAUGACAUCAGGAUCCUGCGAGACAUCGAGCAGUACUACUCCACCCAGAUUGACGAGAUGCCCAUGAACGGUAAGUCUUUUGUUUCCCAUGAUACACUGCACUCAGACUGACUCCGCCCUUCAAGAGUUUAGGGGCGGGGUUUUUCUAUCUUGGUUGACCUUCAGACUGUAAAGCUCACCGUUUAAAUUUCGGUUGUUCCGUUUCUCCACCGGUGUCUGUGGUGUAAAAUCGUCUCCAGACGGUUAUCGUGAAUUCUUGGGGGGUCGUAGUUCGUUGUACUCUGGUCUCCUUCACCGGGGGAGGAAAAUUCCUGCCAACUGCUUUCAUCUGUUGAAGUCACGUGAUUGAUUUACGAUUUGUUCUUGUCUCUGCAGUGGCUGAUUUGAUCUGAUGGAUGACUCGGUGGCCCCACCCCUUUUCUCCAUUUUUACCUUUUUCUGUAGCUACCAGUAACCUUACCUGUGCGGUGACAGUUUUGUAAAUAAAGUUGUUUUGGUUAAACAUU